CUUCCUUCCUCUAGCGACGAGAGCUUCCUUCCAUCGACGAUAAGGGUUUUCUAACCGCGGCGAUGAGGCUUUCCUUCCAACGAUGGACAAGGACUUGUCCAGAUGGGGUUCAUGGCGGAGUUGUUCGCAAAAUGUAGCUACAGAUUGAAGCCCACUACCCAUUUUCCCACAAUAACACACAUUUAAACUUUCAAGAUGUUGUGGUGAGAAUUAAGCCUGAAAAUAUCAACGGAAAAGAGGGGGAUUGGGAAAUUACAAAGGUUUCUUCUGAUGCCCUGUGUAUUGGGGACACAAAGUUCAUGUUUGAUGAAGUUUUUUUAUGCCAACUCCAAUCAGGAAGAUGUUUUUCAGUCAGUGGAUGAUCCCUUGGCUAGAAACAUCUUAGUUGGUUACAACAUUACUAUUCUGUCAUUUGGCCAGGUGAAGGAUGAUUCAAGAAAUGCUACUUAUAUUGAGAAUCUGAUUGAGGAAUACGUCACUAAUUAUGAUUAUGUGGCACAAAUUUUGAUUAAGGACCUUUCAAGAGGUAAAAGGUAGUUGUUUGGUCUCAAAAAAAUGACUCUGGCAACUGAUUUUCUCUAGUCUCAUUGUCAGCACCAAAGCAUGACAGCACUAUGCGUUCUUGCAUAGGGCUAUGUACGAUUAUAGUGUUAAAAAAUAGAAUUGUUUAUGCCAACCUUAGAUGGUUGGUUCAUAGUGAACCAUAUAAGUC